GGGGCCAUCGAGAUAACAAUUUCACCUUUUGCUGUCAAUUCAAAUGAAAUAGUUCUGCGGCGAACUAUAAUGAUAUUAAUAUUGGCCAUAUUGUACUUAGAACACUUUGGACUCAGAACAUAUGGGUCUCAAUCACCUCAGAGAAGUAUAUUGAUUAUAACCAAACAUAUGCAACAAGCGACAAGUUGACAAGCAGAAAUAUAUUGAUUUAUCUCUUUGAUAGAGAAGGCAUUCAGUCAAAAAAAGAGAUUUGGCAUACAAUUAAGCAAAAGAUGUCCUAAUUUAAAAUAAUAGAAUAUAUGUCUCUCUUUUCCUUUCUGAAUUUGCUCCCAAGUUUAAAAAACAUGAAAACUGAGGAAAAAUUGAUAUGAAGCGAACCAAGGAAAAUAGAAAUAUAGAUAUGUAGCCAUAAUAUUUUUCUUGCUAAUGGUGCUCAAACUUUGAAAUAAUGGUGAGUCUAACUAUUCGGUUUUAUCCUCGCCUGAGAUGAGAUCGGCCUCGCGGAAUUAACAGCGGCGCGGAAUCCGACGAAGAGAGGAGGAGAUUCUACGGAGGCUCCUACGACGGCGGCGGCGGCGCCGGUGCUGCAGAGCCACCCGGCGACGAAUCUGCAGCCGGUAUGCCUCGCACAGCUUCAGAGCUGCGUGCCUCCCCUCGUCUCUACCGGCAUUGGCCUCUCCGUUGAUGAGCAGCGCCGCCCACAGCAGAAUCAACAAUCGUUCGACACCUUCAUGUCCGGUGAUCUCGCUGUCUGUGUUACCCAGCAGAAGGACGAAAUCGAGCGCUUUCUUCACGGCCACGUAGUAUUCUUCACUCUUUAUCGAUCCGAUUGCUUCUGUUUUUCGAUUAAACCUGAAAAGAUUUGAUUUUUUUUCAGGGAGAGUACCUCCGGCGAACGUUGGAGGAGAGGAGGCGGAGGAGCAUCCGUUCUUUAUUAGUCGCCGCGAGGAAGACAGCGGCGCAGCGGCUACGUGAGAAGGAGGCGGACGUGGAGCGGGCGGCGAGUCGAGGCGCCGAGCUAGAGCACCGCCUCGCGCAUCUCCGGACCGAAUCGAUGGCGUGGCAAGCGAGGGCCAAGGCCGGCCAUGCCGAAGCAGCCUCCCUCCACGCCCAGCUCCAGCAGGCCUCCGCCGCAAUCCUCCCGCCGAAGAGCGCCGACUCGGCCGAGUCGGCGUUCGGCGAGAGCCAACUCGAGCCGGAGUGGGUGUGUCGCGCUUGCUGGGGCCGACCGGCGUCGGUCGUCAUCCUCCCCUGCCGUCACCUCUGCCUUUGCGACGUGUGCGACGGCGGCGCCGAGGAGGCGUGCCCUGUUUGCCGCUGCGUCAGAACCGGCGGCGUCCGUAUCCUCGACGCUUGAGA